GCAAUCCCUCACCUCCACAGCUUAAGAGUCACGCCCCAAUAAACAACACCAACGACCAAAGAACGCCCUCGAACGACAUCUCACACAAGCGACACCUCGAUCACCUCACAAACUCAACCACUCAGAUCCCAAACCCACCUCUAUGACGUAACCAACCCAACAACACAAGGCAUCAAAUCCUCCGAUAUCAUCCCUACGUCCAAACACGACCAAAAACACCAACAACCUCCUGGAUACCCCCUUCUCCUCAAAAUGACCACCCCAAAAGACCAUGACAACGAAAACCCAACACCCCCUCACCUAGACCCAACAACCUACCCCCGCCACCUAACCGACUCCACCUUAAACAUCUACCUCGAACUCACCUACACCCCGCUAAACCCCCAAUCUGCACUCGACAAAAUCUCCUCCCCGGCCGCCGGCGCAAACGUACUCUUCCUCGGCACAACGAGAAACACCUUCGGGGAUCGCCCCGUGUCCCAACUGAGCUACACGGCGUAUCCACCGCUGACGCUCAAGACCCUGAGCGGGAUUGCACGGGAUGCAGUCGCGAAGCAUGGAUUGACGGGGAUUGUGAUUGCGCAUCGGUUGGGGGUUGUGCCGAUCCAGGAGGCGAGUAUUGUUAUUGCGGUUAGUUCGGGGCAUCGGGGGGCGGCGUGGAGGGCGGGCGAGGAGGUAUUGGAGGUUUGUAAAGAGAAGGCGGAGAUCUGGAAAAGGGAGGAGUUUGUGGAUGGGGGGAUGGAGUGGAGGGAGAAUAGGGAGAGGGAUGCGGAGGGGAGGGUGGUUUCUUGA